AUGGAGAGGUUUUUGAUGGAAGAAAAUAACAAUUCUAACGAUGUUUCUAUUUCGCUAUUUCCUUCUAAUUCAUCUGGGCCUGGGAUUGUAGCGCCUAUAUUCGAUGUUGAUGAUUAUUCUAACAACACAAAUCUAUCGCAUUUGAUGUAUCAUGAGCAAAAAAACAAAUCGAAGAAGAAAAGUAAGGCAUUGAAAAAUAGUUUACUCAUCAAAGGCCAAUGGAUGGAAGAAGAAGACAGGAGACUUGUGAAAUUAGUGCGACAGUAUGGAGAUAAAAAAUGGUCAAAAAUUGCUGACAAGAUGAUUGCUAGGGCUGGGAAGCAGUGUCGGGAGAGGUGGUUUAAUCAUUUGAGGCCUAAUAUUAAGAAAGAUGGUUGGAAUGAAGAAGAAGAAAUUAUGUUAAUAGAGGCUCACAAGAAGAUUGGCAAUCGAUGGGCGGAGAUUGCCAAACGAAUCCCAGGAAGAACAGAGAACUCAAUAAAAAAUCAUUGGAACGCUGCGAAGAGAAAACAAAAUGCAAAAAGAAAUAUGAAAAAAUCGUCGCAAGAAGUUCAAACUCUAAAGCCAACUAUUCUGCAAGUUUAUAUAAAGAAUAACAAUCUUGACAAUGCUACGAUUAGUUCGCAAAUUGUUGAUGCCAAUAUUGUAAGCUCUUCAGUUAUGACCAAUGAUAUUGUAUUGACUCAUUCACCAAAUGAUGACGAAAAUUUGUUCGAGCUAAUGACGAAGGAAACUUAUCACGACGAGCUGAACUUUAUGAUCAAUCUUUUCAACAAUAAAAGUGAUCAGAAUGUCAAUUGUGCGACCCAUAAAGCUCAAGAAUCGGACAUCGCAACCAAUACCAAUAUAGCAUCAGAUCAAUAUUUUACAGGUCUCUUUGAUGGAUCAUUAUCGACUAACAUUUUCUUUUAA